CGACUCCCAGGUUCAGUCUGGAAGAGAUCCCUGUGGGCCUGUUUCUUGAAUUGGUCAACGUUUUGAUGUCAGAACUGUCACAAUGACCAGGGUUUUGACUCCGUUUCGCGCCGCAAUUGCAUCCAGGUCAGUCAGAAAGACCAUCGACGUUGCAUGCACGCAAAUGCCUGAUAACAAACACAUCAAUGCGACUGAACUCGUCAGCUGCAGCUGCAGCUAAGCCUGCAUUCUCAGCAGUGCAACCAAUCACCAAUUUCGAGGAAACGAUAGCCAACAGACCAGACUUUGAUCACUCCAGCAAACCCAUCGAGAUAACAAAGUCCCCAGACCCCUCAUGGUCAUACGGGGAUGGUGUGCGCACUGGUCAAUCCCCCACUGACAAGAUCCACCGAGAGAUCGACCCGUAUUCGCCUGACAGAUCCGUCGGGCAGAACUACCGACUUUUAAUUUCUGGUAUUGCACCACGGCCUGUUGGUUUCAUCAGCACUGUUUCCGGGGAUGGCGGAGUAAAGAACUUGGCGCCUUUUAGUUAUUUUCAGGUCGUUGAUCAUGACCCGCCCAUGUUCAUCGUUAGCUUCUCAUCUCGCUUUGGGUCGGCUAAAGAUACGUAUCAGAAUCUGAAGGAUACUGGAGAAUGUGUCAUUAAUACCGUUUCGGAGAAUAUGAUAGAAGCAGUCAAUGCUUCUUCCAUUGAUGCUCCAUAUGGAGUAUCAGAAUGGGAUAUCACUGGCUUGACUGAAGCUGCAACAACGACUGUCAAGCCGUCCCGCGUUAGAGAGUCGGUACUUUCUAUUGAAGGGCAGGUCGUGGAUAUCAAAGAGUUCGUGAGCCAUAAACCAGGAAUGAGUAACUAUGGAAUGGUUCUCAUCAAGGCUACAAGGUUUUGGGUUCAGGAAGAUGCUGCCAAUGAAGACUUUAGUCACAUUGAGUUUGACAAGCUACGGCCCAUCGGACAACUGGGUGGCAUGUCGUACGGGCGGAUAUCUUCGACUUUCGAACUUCCGAGGACAAGAUGGACCGAUGAGCAACCUAAGAGUAAACUGUUGACUAAGUUGGAGAAUGAAAAGGCGUCAUAGCGAGGACUGUCCAGCUUUCUUCACUGUAGAACUUGAUCUUGUAUAGAUCAACAUUAAUUCAGCUCCAAUCCUAGAUCUACUUACCGAGUAGUACUCAGUUCUCAUCAU